UUGACCUUGAGCUAGUGAACAGUCAUUGGAGCUCAUACUUGUCGUCAUACUUUUGGCAGAUACGCGCCUAUAUAAGUGAUAAAUUCAAAAGAAGAUUGCAAAUGUAACAUAAUUUAGCAAAAUACGCGAGAGUAGAUUCUCGCGUUUUAGUAAACGUUUACCGUCGAAGUGAGCAACUGUGGUCACGAACCAUGAUUUUGCGUUUCACGAUCUUUCUUGCUUUUUUGAUUUUGACGAUCGAAGCGAAGAAAUAUUUGCAAUUUUCAGAAGAAGAACAAUGGCAAGAGUUUGAAGAGUAUAUGAAAUGGAAAAAGGCAAAGGAAAUACGUGAAAAUGGUCAACGAGAAAUUAAAUACGAAAAACGAUAUCAUGAAAAUCAUGAUAUGUAUAAAUCGCCAAAAAAAGAUCAACAAUUUUCUGUCAAUAAUCCACCACCUAUUAAUCAAGCAGCUUUAAUGGCAAGAUACAUUGUUAAUCAAGCUGACUGGGUAUCCGUGGCAACAAUAAGCACAAGACAAGAUAUCAAAUCGUUUCCAGCCGUAACUUUAGUUUCUUAUACUGAUGGACUUUUAGGAAAUGGAUCAGGAAUACCAUAUCUUUAUCUUACUCCUUUAGAUUUCACAGCUCAAGAUCUUGCAAAAGACAAUCGGGCGUCAUUUUUAAUGACAUUAGCUCAAGGGGAAUACUGUAAGUCCAAACAAUGGGAUCCCAUGGAUCCUCGUUGCGCCAGAAUUCUUUUAACCGGCAAAAUCAAAUCGUUGAAGAAUGAAAGUAUGGAACUAAAUUUCGCUAAAAAAGUAUUUUUUACACGUCAUCCAGGAUUGGUUAAUAUGCCUGAAGAUCAUCAUUUUUAUUUCGCGAAAUUGAAGAUAAUUUCAAUCGUAGUAUUGGAUACAUUUGGCGGGCCGAAAUAUGUUUCUGUGGAAGAUUAUUUACAUCCACCAAUAACGAAUAUUACUGAAGAAUUUAAUCGACAUUUUCCCUUAGAAUCUUAUGAGAGUAAAUCUCAAGAAGAAUAUAGUCCAGCCUCUAAUAUUUUAAAUCCUGUAGUCAAACUUGUAUAAAUUAAUAGAAAAAUUAACUUAAUCAUUAAGGAAUUUUAUACAUUAAAUUAUUUUCUUUGAAUGUGGAAAUUAAUGUAAUUAAUGUAAUAUAAUAAAAAAAUUUAUAAAUUAAUUGUAAA